ACUCAUGCUCAUGGGGUGCAUUUUCAGCUGAGGUAGCCACUAACUAUACCCUUUGCGUGCAGUAUGCAGCCAAGAAAUGCCUCGCCCGGCCAGGCAGAAAGCUGAAAACCCUCACAAAUUUCGAAUUUCGAGGAACCCUUGACUUCUGAGGUUAAGAAAACACAGUUGACGUCAAUGGCUGAUCCACUUAGUAUCACAGCUAGUACGGCGGGCUUGAUAUCGCUGUCGCUGCAGCUCUUUGGGGGAUGUAUUAAAGGCUUCGUCCUUUUAUCCACGGCACAAAACCUUGGAAAGCAUGCAUCGGCAAUUGAAUGCAUCCUCAAUAUCCAAGAGAUACAGCUGACGGACUGGGCUCGUCGCGCGGGCCUAUUGACGGGCGAUGGAAUACUUGAUCCUCGUUUGAAUUCGAAUGCCGUUGAAAUGAUUCUUCAGCGAUUGCAAGACCUACUCUUAGAUACCGAGAAGCUCAAGAAGCGAUACGGCCUGAAACUUGUUCCAAUUGUAGAUGCUGAACAUCAGACAACCGCCCAGCUUCAUAAUUACUCUAUAUCUGAAGUAGACAGAGUAUUUACCGGUAUCUCAGACGACAGCCGACGUCAAAUCCUCGCAAGAGCGAAAGUGGCGCAAGGCCAGCAUAUAUUUAAGCGACUCUGGUGGGCUGCCGUUGAUAAGGACAAUAUCGAGAAGCUCGCCGCAGAUGUUCACUUCCUCGUUCGGGAACUUUGGAAUCUGUUAGACCCCACGCGACAGGACGAUUUCCUCAAUUCAACCAAGGACAUCGUUUCUAACAUGGUCUCACUAAACACCAAAUUCGACCAAUUGUUUUCCCUUUCCGAGGCCCUUAAAACGCUCCAAGCGGAGUCUCAAAGCAUGAAAGCCCUUGCUGCAUCAGCUGAGAUCAAGGCCUUGCGAAUAUGCCUCGAUGGGUCGGAGCAAGCACCCACUCAACAAGACACUAGCACGCCGAAAAGACGGAAGCUACUUGAGAAGUUAGAACCCCUAUCCAGCAAGAAACUUACCAACUUUAAACCCUUGAAGAAGAAUGAAUUCAUGGGUUUAGCCGACUAUGAUGGGGAAGUAAUGCUCGUCGAAAAGAAAUCCAUCACCAAUUUGCCUUGGAGCAAAAUCCUACCUCGAGUCGAAAAUUUAGCAGCACUUUUGAAUGCCCCAAAGGACGAGACAUUCCGCUCCCUGUUGUGCAAGGGUAUAGUGAUGGAGGACAACACAAUAUCCUUCGUGUUCCACCACCCCACUCCUGACAACCCAAUUGAACCUCGUUCACUUCUUGACCUCUUUUCUGCAAGAGAUGGCAUUGAACCUCCUAGCCUCACAGAUCGAGUUCAGCUUACUCUAAGCAUUGCCCAUCUCGUGCAAAAUUUUCAUCGAAGUGGAUGGUUACACAAGAGCCUGCGAUCGCAGAAUAUUCUGUUUUUCCCAAAAGCGGACGGCUCGAUAUCCCUCGACGAGCCUUUUCUUGCCGGUUUCGCCUUCGCACGUGUCGGUUCUCCCAGCGAAAUCUCGGAACAGCCCUCCGCAAAUCCUAAAUUUGAUAUUUACCGUCAUCCGCACGCGCUUGGCGAUCCGACAACGAGUUUCAGCGCCACUAUGGACGUGUACUCUUUAGGAACUGUGAUGCUUGAGAUUGCGGAGUGGCGCGCGUUGCAAUACCUCGUAGAUGGUGUCGUCAAUGUUAGUGCAGAGAACGUACCGCUCACUCAAUUAGCAAAGGUGAAGCCAUUCUUACUAGACGAAGGUAAGAAAUCUGGAACAUCAAAACUGAGAUACAGAACGGGGAAUAUAUAUGCUGCAGCUUGUAUGAUGUGUCUAAAAGGGGAAAUCAAUGAGGCAGAGGCAGACAAGGGAAAUGUGGCUCUCUAUGAACCAAGUCUCGUGGACAUUGCCGUUCGGCGUUUGGAAAGCUGUAAUAUCUGAAUAUGAUGCAAUGUG